CUUCCGGUGCUUCAGCAAGUGCAAAUGGAAUGUCGCCUGCUGCGGGCUUGACACAAGCCGUCGUUAGUCUCAACAGUAACAGUCUUCGAGAUAUUCCGAUUGCCACAUCGUCGCCCUUGCCAUUGGGAACAUCAGCUGCGGGACUUAUCAACGCGAAUGCGACAAUGGCAGCUGUUUUAGCGGGCGGCACACAAGCUGUUGCUCAAGCACCUUCCACAUCGACAGCGGGUUCGUCAUCCGUUGCUGCGACACAACAACAACAAGCUGCUUCUGCUUCAGCUGCGUCGGGCACACAGGCAUCACAAGGCGUCGAAAACUAUCAGUUUUUGCUUCCGCGCAUCUUUGAGCCGAGUCUGACGGAGGAAGAGAUUCAACAACGUGAAAAUGAACGCGCAGAACGCGCUGAUUACUGCAACGAAGUAAUUUUCCAGGCGUUGCGUUUGCGCGAUCCAGUGCGAUAUCUCGUAAGUUCCGACGAUGAGAGCGACGACAGCGACGAUACCGACGACAGUGAUAGUAGCUUACGACCAACAAUUAAACCAAUUAGAGUAACGAAAAGUAAACACAAAAAGGUAACGGAGCCCCCACCCGCAGCAACGCGACCCGAAACGGCAAACGCAUCAACGCAAUCCGAACAAUCAUCGGCAGAUGCGAUGCCCGCCGGAUCGCUGCAACAAGAAAGUGUCGUCGUGACGGCGGCGGCGACGGCAAAUCCCAAUUCGUCGCAUCGCAAAAUUGUCGUCAACAAGUCAACAACUACGCGACCCGUUAGUCAGCAUCAACAGUCAGCCAAAUUAGCGAAACAACAAUCUGGGCCCGACACAAGGUAGUCGUCCUGGAUCAGCUUUUGAAUCAGCGCGAACACAGAAAGAAGUGAAGCAAAAACUAAAAAAAAAAUUAAAUAAUAAAAAAAAUUGAUAACAUAACAUUAUUAUACGUACUCACUUUUAUCAAGCUCAGAUCAGCGACUGCAAUAUUAAAAAAAAAAACAAAAAAAAAUUAUUAGUGGAAAAAAAUAUUAACCCUUUCUAUGAAAUAUUAUAAAAUUUUGAAAAUUGAAGAGAAGCACGAGAAAUACUGAAAAAAAAAUUGUAUCAAGUUCUAAGUUAAUUAUUCAAAUUAUUCACUGAUAUUGUGAUAGAGUCAAGAAAAAUAUAAUAUAAAUUAUUAUCAUCCAAUAGUUGUCUCCU